CGGUCUAUGAGUUAGUUGUUUGUAUUGUGGUGUAACCUUAAAAAAUGGAGCUACGAAAACUCGAUGCAGAUGUAAUUACGAAAGUAAGGAGCUCUUCUUCGAUAAACACGGUUUGCCAAAGUGUACUAGAGUUGGUACUAAAUAGUUUAGAUGCAAAGGCCAAAUCAAUAGCCGUAAGACUCAAUUUGGUUACCUUACGAAUUCAGGUUGUAGACAAUGGAGAAGGUAUCUCGAAAGCAAAUAUGGAACUUGUUGGACGUCGAUAUUUCACAAAUAAAUGCAAUAGCUUACAAGAUUUAGAAAUGAAUAUAAAACUCUACGGAUUUCGCGGAGAAGCUUUAGCCAAUAUUUUGGAACUUUCAAGGGCUGUUACUGUUAGUUCUAAACACGAACAAGCUUCUACUACAUAUAUGAAGACUUUGACAAGAGACUCUGGUGAUGUAAUAAUGACCAAGCAACGACCAAGUGUAGGUACUACAGUAACAGUAGAAGAAUUCUUUUAUAACUGUCCUGUAAGAAAAAAACGAAUUAUUAAUGAAUUAGAGUUGGAAGAUAUUAUAAAAACCAUUACCUCCCUUAUUAUUAUACAUCCAGAAGUCAAUUUUUCCAUUAGAAAUGAUAUUACUGGCGAAUUAAUUUUAAGCAGUAUCAAAAGAGAUGAUAUAGCCUCUUCGUUCAAAUAUGUACACCCUGAUGUUAAAGAAGAUGCUACUAUUCUCAAGGUAACCAAAGGGAAAAUGGGUAUUUUUGCUUUGUUGUUUAGAGGCUAUUACGAAAAUAGACGAAUACAGUAUAUCUACGUAAAUAAAAGACCUAUUUUUUCAGUAAAAAUUCGUAGAUGCAUUGAAAAAUUGUUCUAUAUCAAUGAAAAAAGAAAUAAUUCAAAGGUUUACCCAAUAUUCUUGCUAAACAUAAAAUGCCCAUAUACUGAAGUAGAUAUACUAUUAAAUUCUACGAAAACAAUGGUUGAAUUUAAAAACUGGGACUUGGUUGAAAAAUGCGUUAAAAAAUUAAUCAGUUCGUUUCUUGGAAAUGGUCAAUGUUUGAAAUCACUGAAAACGAUACCUGAAGAGCAAAAUAAAGGACCUUUAAAUUGCGGAAUUUCGCAAAUACGAGGAGCGGUCAAAGCAGUAGGUUACAAAAGAAAAAAUUCAGAUACACAUGUAGAUGCUACAGAGAAACUGAAAAAACCAGAAACUCCUUUUCCAAUUACUAGCUUGGAGACAAACGAACAUUCGUCAGAAGACAUAUAUGACAUAAUUGAGGCAACUCCUACUCUUGAUAAGAAAAAAUCGUGCUUUAAACAGCCUUUACCAAUUAAUGUAAUUCCACAACGUAAUGUAUUAGUACCAAAGGAGCUACCUGUUCAACAAGACACCGAAUAUGAACCUAUUAAUGAAAUUCCAAAACGUAAUAUAUUACUACCAAAGGAGUUACCUAUCCAACAAGACAUCGAAUGUGACAAAUCUCUAUCCCAGUUUACCAAUGACGAAAGCAAAGGUAAAGGUUUGAUAAUGGAUAUGUUCCUAAAAUCGACACAAGUAUACAAAAGCGACGAAAACGUCCUCGAAUCGAGCCAAGACAGCCAGGAAACUAUAUUUGAAGAAGAGUCCAACUUUGUUGUCGAAAAUAACUUUAAAACCACGUGUGAUGGUGUAAGUAAAGCCAUGUCCAUGUCUCUGAAUGUUAAGAGCACCAAGAAGAUUAGAAAGCAUAAAAAAACCAAAAGUACUAAAGGAAUUCAGACUACCCUGAGAGAGGAAAUGGAUUCUAAAGCUAUGCAGACUACCUUUAGGUUCCAAAAGGAGACUGCCCUCAGAGAAGAAAUGGAUUCUAAAUCUUUGCAGACUACCUUCAGGUUCCAAAAGGAGAUAAACGAGGAAAAGGGGAGUACAAUUCCAGAUAAUUAUACUUUAGUUGUAUCAAGGGAUAGAAAAUCCCCACAUUUUGAAUUUAUGUAUCGGAAACCAGAACAGUCCAAAACUUUUGAGUUUAAUUUUGAUAAAAAAUGCAAUUGCCAUUGUCAUGAAAAUCACAAAGCUGUGAUGAAUUUGGAAAAAACUUCGGAUCCGAGAUUUCGGGUUCCAAAAGAAACAAUGGAACUUUUUGCGAAUCCUUUUUGUUUAGAACGUGGGGACAUGAAUACGUUUCAAAAUUGUUUUAAAAAUGUAGUAGGUAGAGAUGUCAUUAAAAUAGAUAAACAUGUUAAGGAACUAUCGGUUUAUAAUUGGAAAAUUAAUAAAAAAGUACUAACAAAUCGCAGACCCGAAAUGUAUAACGAAAGUCCAUAUUUCUCCAAACGCCAAGCAGAAAAUUAUGAUCUAAAUAUCGGAAAAUUACCAAAUGUAUAUAAUAACUUUAUUAAACCUACUACUUUUGAGAAAGGUCAUAAUAAUGGUCCACUAAUGUACAAUAUUAUAGAUAAUAUACACCCACAACCCGAAUAUGCUAAUAAUAUACCGAAUAUGCUAAAUAAUAUGCCGGAUAUGCUAAAUAAUAUACACCCACAAUCCGAAUAUGCUAAUAAUAUACCGAAUAUGCUAAAUAAUAUACACCCACAAACCCACAAUUCCGUAAAACCACAAGACAACCACUUCUACAAAUGGAAUAACCAAAAUAUUGUCCCCAAUGAUUGGUUUAGAAAACCUGAGCAAAAUGGUUACAAUAUCGAACACCAUCAGCAAGAACUAAGACAGGAUCAACGAAAUGUUUCUUUGUCUAACGAAAGCGAUGAUGAACCAGACAAUGUCACCAUUAAUUCGUUUUUCAAAUUUAAUCCAAAUUUUGUAAGCACGCAGAAAAAUUAUGAACCAGUAAAAUUUGACUUUCAGAAGAAAAUUAUUAGACAAAACGAAACUAGACCGAAUGGACCCAAUGUCCCCAAUGUUUCGACUAAACCACAAAGUUUUCGUUUACAAAAUUACCAGGGAAAUCUUGACGAAAUUUUAUCUGUAGAAACAUUUAAUUCACAUCACAUACAGGAAUGGACUAAUCAUUAUCUAACGACUAAACAAAAAUCUGAUAAUCAUCACGUAACGGCUAAACAACAACCUGAAGUAUUGGUUGAUAAUCUAAACAGCAACCAGUCUCAGUUGGUGGUAACAUUGUCUGAGAAGGAAAAGCUGAAUCUAUUGGAAAAGGAAUUAGGAGCUGAAAAAAGUAUUUUAAUGAAGCAAUUUCUAGAAUGGAAUAGUCAGUUUACCCCGGAUCAAAAUGAAAAAUGCGAAAACUUGUUAGAUUGGACCAGAAAGUUGCAUUUAGGAAAACACUGUUACAUCAAUAAGAGAACAGGAUACGCAACAUACGCUACACCCAAAAACAACAAUUUAUUUGUUAUCAGUGAACGAAAUGAAUUUUUGCCGAAGGGAAUGUCCCCCAUUAUUAAAAAUAUUAAGCCCGUUGAUAACUCUUUAAGUCAAAAUGGGAAAGACACUUUACUGGAAUAUAUAAUGGACACAUAUAAAACAGAAUUGGAGUAUGUUAAGUGGCAGCAUUAUAUGAAGGAUAUGGAUCCUAAAACAUUUUUCAAAAAUAUUUACAAGGCCAAAUUGGUCAUGUACGAAGGCUGUGUGCCAAAUAUCAAUAUAGCCAAUCUAAAGAACAGAAAGCAGGAAACCGAUGGUAUAAAAUUAAAUAAGGAUAUUUUCAAUCACCUAGAAAUAAUAGGUCAAAUGGACAAAAAGUUUAUAAUUGCAAAAGAAAUAAAUGGCAAUACCCUUUUUGUUUUCGACCAGCAUGCUGUGCAUGAAAGAAUACGUUUAGAACACUUGUGUAAAAUUUAUAAGAACUCUAAGGUAUCGUGUGAAGAAGAAACAAUAAUGUUGUUAUCUCAGAACGAACUGUCUUUACUUAGGAGAUGCGAUUCAUAUUUAGAUUUUGUUGGGAUCAGUCUGGAAUUUUUUUCAAAUGGUGUUUGUAUCAAAGAAGUUCCACUUUGCUUAUAUUAUAAAUUUAAAGGACAGGAAUCUACUGAGUCAAUUCAGAAAAUCAUUCAGACACUAAUAACCGAAGUAAUUGAACUGUUGAGAUCUACUAGAGGAGCUAAUUUAAAAAUUUUACCACGAUUACUCCACAAUAUCAUCAGCUUAGAAGCUUGCAGAGGUGCUAUAAAAUUUGGCGACGAACUAAAUAAUCAGCAAUGCAUAGAGCUUCUUCAAAAAUUGUCAACUACCGAUCUGCCUUUUCAGUGUGCUCAUGGAAGACCAACCGUAACACCUUUGAUGAGAUUGAAUUUAAAAUCAAAUAACGCAACGAAACGUGCAAUCAACUUUCAAAGAUUACGUCUUCAAUAACCAGUUUUACUUCGAAUUAUAAUACAAAAAUUUUUGGAACUUGUUGAAUUUGUUAAGAUACGUUUAAAAAGUAAAAUUAUAUUAUAAGCAAAAAAAAAUGAAGUGUUUUUUG